CUCUCAAACACAUGUUUUCAAAUGCAGUUUUAACACUUUAACUAAUUGUGAUAAUUUUUGAUCUUUUAUAUUAUUCAUUAUGGUUCAGCUAACUAGAAUUCUGUGCAAAUAUACUCCUCCUUGGUUCAACUUGGAGGUUGGUAAUGGAGGUAGAUAUUUCAAAAAAUAUAAUUUAUUCCGAAUGACUGGUGGGUUCUAUGGAAGAAAUCGUAACACCUACAAGAAUGCUCGAAAUAAAUGGACGAAAAGAAUUGAAUACGAAAAUCGUGAUCGUGGAGAGAAAAAGAUUCAAUUCAGAGAUUUAACAUCACAAAGAGUUCUUGCUGCUUGUCGUGAACAUGAUUAUCCUUUCCAUUUAUUCAUCACUGCUUUACCUCAGAUGGACAUAGAACUAGACAGAAAAACUUUGGCAAAUUUAGCGAUUUGGGAACCUCGUACAUUUAAAUCUCUCAUCGAAUUGGCUAAAGAGUUUCAUCAUGCCAAUCCUGUAGAUCCUAUGAUGGAUAGACCCAAGCCUGUUUCGGUGAUUUCAAGAGAAAUGUUGAAUCAAUCAUAAAAUAUUUCAAUAUUUUCUCGAAUGGUUAUAACUGCUUAUUAAUCACUGCUGUUGUGAAAUAAUUUUGAAUUUUGUUUAUACAAUAAUGUAGAUAGUAGAGUUUAUUGAAUCACUCUCAAUUUCAAAUUGCCACUGUAAUGUUUCGCCUCAAGCAAUUUAAUACCUUUAAUUUAAAGACAUUAAGAAUAA